AUGGUAUGGUGCUGCUCUUUGAUGAAGAUCAAUCUAGGUUCAUUGGUAGUUUGGUGUAUAGGCUCUGGAGUCCGGAUGUGUAAAACAGAUGCUUCUGCUCCAGCCAAGAGCUUUGGUGUCGCCUGCGUUUUCUGGACUAUAGCCGUUGGCGUUUUGUCUCUUUUCUUCUGCUGGGAUGUUAACAGACAAUUUCGUUGUUUAGUUUUUGUUUCAGUUAACAUGAUUUACAAGGUCUGUAACAGAAAAUACUGA